AUGGAUGAGAAUCAGCCGCCGGAAAUUUCCGGGAAAUGUCCUCCAUCUGAAACCAUAGUCAAGCACAGCCUGUGGCAUGCGAGCGGCCGCUACUUUCACAGCAUGGGCGUGUUCCCCCUGUGCGCCAUGGACGCAUGCUUCAACUACUCGCGCUGCCCCGCAGGCCCCUCAAAGGAGCCGCUAGUCUACUCCUACUGGCCCGGCCAGCACUACUUCAAGCGGUUCAAUGAGACCCGAUGGCACACGGACGAUCCUGCCAAGGCGUGCUUCUUCUUUGUGCAUAUGGCACGAGGGCAGCCGAAUGAGUUCAGUGAUUUGGAGCAUUGGGGGGAGAACGGAGCUAACCACGUGCUUAUCAGCUUCUCAGAUUCCUGGAGCGGGCCAUCCCCUUUUUCAGUCGCCUCAGCAAUGGUUAUGGUCACCAAUGCACAGGCCACGCUUAUGAGAACAGAUUUUGACACCUCCAUCCCGCUGCCCCAAAUGUGGAAAAACCCGCCCGUCGGGCUCCGGAACCUGCCCGCUGGAUCUGCCCGGAAAUAUUUCCUGACGUUCCGAGGCACGCGCUACCUCGGAAAUUUGAAGGGUAACUUCCGGAGUGCCCCUGAGUUCAAGGCCUUGCACAACGGCAAGGAUGUGGUUGUGCUCACAAGAUGCGGGGGGUCCACCAACGCGCGCAUUCUCGCGGAGGAACCUUCCUUGAAGCACGAGUGCGAUGAGGAUGCAAAGCUGUACACUCAGUACGACUUUAAUGACGUCAUGAACACCACCUUCACCCUCGCGCCAGCUGGCAGACAAGGGUCCACCUACAGGUUCCUGGAGGCCCUCACUGUGGGAGCCAUCCCAGUGGUGGUGGCGGACAACUGGCGGUUACCAUUUGAUGACAUCAUCUCAUGGCAUCACUGCCUGCUGCGCUUCCCCACCGACCAGAUGCACCGCAUCCUGCCAACACUCAGAGCCAUGGAUGAGGUAUGCAUGGUGACGGGUUGUGAUUGUGGUAGGGGUUAUGUGCUCAUGGGGCGUCAUCGUGCUUCCCCACCAACCAGAUGCACCGCAUCCUGCCCACUCUUCGAGCCAUGGAUGAGGUGUGCUUGUGCUGAUGAUUUGUGGAUGUGGCAUGGAUUAUGA